AGAGCAGCAUGAAGCAGUCGGGGUUGAGGAGCUUCCUGUCACAAAAUUUAGGCAUGGUGCCAUCCCAAUGAGCACACUGGUGCAGCUUGAAUGAGCCAUGACCCCUGUCCAGAGCAUGCUCACUAAUGCCAAGGUAGCCAAUAAUCCUUACGGUAUUGGGAAGCCCAAUCAGCAGCUGACACUGAUGAAGCAUAGUGAAGUCAAAAAAACAGGACCCACAAAAUAUCACACUUGGCUAACAUAGCUUCCUCUGCUUCAUAAAAGUUCGUUAAGGUAGUUGAGCUUCAACACCAACUUCCAAAAUCAACAUCUCCACUUCUCCCACCAAAACCCUCUCCAUCUAUAAAUUCCCUUCCCCACAACACCAACCCUCAAAACCCAAUCAUCUCUUGUGUUUUUCACCAACAAAAUUCAACCUCUUCAAGGUAUCUCACAAGCAAAUUCCAAUGGAGUACUCAUUGGUGCCUCUUCCACGCCUGGUUCCGAUUCUGACCGUGGCUUUGGUGGUCUUGAUGGUGCCGGUUAACAGCCAAAUCAAUACACCAUGCUCGCCAUCUGUGAUUUCUACCUUCACUCCUUGUAUGAAUUUCGUUACAAACAGCACUGCGAAUGGUACAUCACCAACUGCAGACUGUUGCAAUGCACUUAGAUCUCUAACAAGUAGUGGCAUGGACUGCUUGUGCCUCAUUGUUACUGGAAGUGUUCCUUUCCAGAUUCCAAUCAACAGAACCUUGGCUAUCUCUCUUCCUCGCGUUUGUAACAUGCCCGGCGUUCCUGUCCAAUGCAAAGCCUCUGGUUCACCAAUUCCAGCUCCAGGUCCGAUCGCCCUAGGCCCGAAUCUCUCCCCUAGAGCUUCUACAUCUCCUAGUCCAACAGCUUCUGCUGUUCCUGAACCAACUUCGUCAGCUUCACCACCAGAAUCGGACACAACCCCGCUCCUUACACCGCCAUCACCAACAGCCGAUGCUGGAACCCCAACGACAACUACCGGUACCGGUGGCAGCCCUACAUCAGCUGCUUUUCUCUCUUACAGGACUUCACCAGCUGUUCUGCUACUUGCAUUAGGAUUUGCAGUUUUGAACUUCUUUUAGAUUGUUUGAUAGGACAUAUAUGGGGACUUAAGGAUUCUACAUUGAUAUUUUGUACUCUUAUUUAGUCCAUAUGUUUGUUGAAUUAUUCUUUUGGGCUUGUGAAAUAUUCUUUUGGGGUUCUAAAAAAUGUCAUAUUGAGUGA